AUGGAUUCCCUGGUGAAUGGGAACCACACUGCAAUGACUGGGUUCAUUUUAUUGGGCUUAACAGAUGAUCCAGUCCUUCGAGUCAUCCUCUUCGUGAUCAUCCUAUGCAUCUACCUGGUCACCUUAUCUGGCAAUCUCAGCACAAUCGUUCUUAUCAGAAUCUCUUCUCAGCUGCAUCAUCCUAUGUAUUUUUUUCUGAGCCAUUUGGCUUUUGCUGACAUAGGCUAUUCAUCUUCUGUCACACCCAAUAUGCUUGUAAACUUCCUGGUGGAGAGACAGACAAUCUCCCAUAGUGGAUGUGCCAUCCAGCUUGGUUCAACUGAUUUCUUCGGGACAGUCGAGUGCUUCCUUCUGGCUGCCAUGGCAUAUGAUCGCUUUGUGGCAAUCUGCAACCCACUGCUUUAUUCAACUAAAAUGUCCACCCUAAUGUGUGUCCAGUUACUUGCAGGGGCUUACAUGGCUGGUUUUCUCAAUGCUAUCUCCUACACUAUUUCCUUCUUUUCUUUGUUCUUCUGUGGACCAAAUCAAGUCAAUCAUUUUUUCUGUGAUUUUGCUCCUUUACUUCGACUCUCCUGUUCGGAUGUCACUGUCUUUGAAAUUGUUUCUGCAUUUGCUGUUGGCUCCAUUGUUGUGGUCACAGUGUUUGUCAUAGCCGUCUCGUACAUCUACAUCCUCAUCACCAUCCUGCAGAUGCGCUCUACUGAGGGGCGCCACAAGGCCUUCUCCACCUGCACCUCCCACCUCACUGUGGUCACUCUGUUCUAUGGGACCAUCACAUUCAUUUAUGUGAUGCCCGAGUCCAGCUACUCAACAGAUCAGAACAAGGUGGUGUCUCUGUUCUACACGGUGGUGAUUCCCAUGUUGAAUCCCCUUAUCUAUAGUAUCAGGAACAAGGAGAUUAAGGGGGCUCUGAAGAGAGAGCUUGGUAGAAAAAUAUUUUCUUAG